AUGGCUUUCACUACCUCAACCCUAGCUGAAAAGAAGAACAAGGUUUUGUUCAUAUUGGGUGCAACAGGAACUGGAAAAACUAAACUUUCCAUCAACUUGAGUACUUAUUACCCCGCUGAAAUCAUCAACUCAGACAAGAUUCAAGUCUAUAAGGGUCUUGAUAUUGUCACAAAUAAGGUACUGGAAUCUGAACGUUGCUCGAUUCCGCAUCAUAUAUUAGGCAUCAUCGAUGAUCCUGAAUAUGAUUUUACUAUGAAUGAUUUCUGCAAGCAUGUGCUUGAAUCCUUAGAUCUAAUAAUUGGCAAUGGACACCUACCUAUUAUUGUAGGAGGGUCCAAUUCUUAUCUAAGAAAAUUAGUUGAGGACCCAACCAUUGCAUUUCUUUCAAAAUAUGAUUGUUGUUUCAUCUGGGUAGAUGUGUCUUUGCCUACUCUGUUUAAAUAUGUAGGCAAAAGAGUGGAUGAAAUGGUUGAGGGUGGGAUGGUUGAUGAGAUUCGAGAAUAUUUUGUACCUGGGGCAGACAACACAAAGGGAAUUAGAAGGGCUAUUGGGGUUCCUGAGCUUGAUUCUUUUUUCGCGAUAGAAAAGAAAAGUGGCAUUGAUGAUGCUAUAAAGGAAAUGAUACUUAAGAAAGCUAUUGAAGAAACCAAACAAAACACUUGCAUACUGGCUAAAAAUCAACUCUCGAAGAUCCAGAACAUGACUCAUAUGCUUGAAUCGAUGGUGUAUAAAAUUGAUUCUACGGAAGUCUUUGAGGCCCUUUUAAGGGGAGAAGAUUAUAAACAUUUGCAUCAAGAGAUUGUGAUUAAACCAAGCAAGGAGAUAGUGAAGAGAUUCCUAGAGGAGACGACUGAUGAAUUUGGAUAUGAAAAAUAUUCAAAUGAUAAUGUGAAACAUGCAUCCAAUGGGGAGGAAUCCGCGCUUCUGGAGGAUGAGGUGACGGAGCUUCAUGAGUUAUCUACGAGUUUGCACUCAAUAGCUCGUGUGCUGUAUGAGUUUGCAGAAGGCGAGGAUGAACUGGAUCAUAUUCAUGGUAAAUGGAAGUGGUUGAGAUAUGCUAUCCAUGGCUAUUUUGGGUGUGGGGAGUAUCAAUUUCUCACGGCCGCGGAUGAGCCUCUAGAUAGGGGUUUCGUUGAUGAUAUUUGGCACAAGCAAGUUCCUUUAAAGGUUUCCUUAAACGAGUGGCGCCUUCUCCUUAAUAGAAUCCCAACCAAAGACAACAUGGUGCGACGACAUGUUCUUCAACCAGACGACGACAUGUGUAUGGGAGGAUGUGGCUCAAUGGAUACGACGUAUCAUCUUUUCUUAGGCUGUGAUACCUUUGGCAGCGUUUGGUCCCUUGUCUGGCAGUGA